AUGGAGUUUAUGAGCGACCUCGGCUCAAAUGCCGAUAUAUAUCGUCCUUCACUUUUUGAACUGAUCGCGCAAGAGAAAAUGCGCGAGUUGCUACAACCAGCUAUUAGAUAUGUUUUGUCUGUUUACGCUCAACGAUAUCCAAGAUACCUUUUGCGCAUAGUUAACAAACUCGACGAAUUCUAUGCAAUUUUAUUGCUUUUCGUUGAGAGACAUUAUUUAAAAGAAUGGGGUGCCUCGUUCACGGAAAAUUUUUAUGGGCUGAAAAGAAUACGUAGUCUUCAUACAAAUAUGAACUUGGGCGAGAGUUCGAGUAAAGAACUUGUAAAGCUUCGAAAUCGUGAUAUAUGGCGUUCUUUAUUAGUAUUGAUUGGCAGUUCGUACAUAAAGACUAAACUAGAUGAUUACUAUGAAUCAGUUACUGGAGGUGCUGGGGCGCGAUAUUUAGGUAGCAGCAGAACUUCACGAAGGGAAGACAUAAACUAUCAUCGAUUGACCCUGGCAGAAAAAACGCGUUACAUACUUCGAAAUGUCUUCAAAGUUAUUUAUCCUUGGAUUAAUAGUUUCUAUAAUAUCUCCAUUCUGGCAUAUAAUAUUGCAUACUUGUAUGAAAAGACUCGUUAUUAUACGCCAUGGUUACAUUUAUUGGGGAUAGAAAUUCGCAGAAUGAGUGCUCAAGACUAUCGCGAGUACACUCAAAGACAAGCUGAAAGUGAAAAUAUCAGCAGUGUGCCAACAACGCGUCUCCAAAAAGGAACGAAUUUCUUGUUCACAAUCUUAUCACGUGGUUUUGAUUUAUUGAAAAUAUUACUGCCAAUGUCGAUAUUCUUUUAUAAAUUUUUGGAGUGGUGGUAUUCAAGCGAGUUUACGCGUAAACCAGGUGGUGACAGCGGAAUUGAAAUUCCCCCGCCCGAGAGACUAUUGCCGGAUCCUCGUGGAUUUCCAGUUCCAAAUAUUCCAAAUACUUGUCCAAUAUGUACAAAUCGACUAGCCAAUCCAACUGCACUCCCAUCUGGCUAUGUAUUUUGUUAUAAAUGUGUAUAUGACUAUGUAGAAAAUUAUAAUCGUUGUCCAGUAACUUGGAUCAAAGUCGAUAUUGAUGGACUGAGAAAGAUGCUGGAUUUACCAUUUGUAUUGAAAAGAAAACAAUUCCCUAUUCAGUUGGCAUUUUGCCUUAAUCAUCAACAAAUUCCAGGAUCAAAACGAUACCUCAUUGAUCAGUAUCUCUCACAACCAGUCUUCUCAUGA